CCGGCAGUUGUCGUCGAAGAGUACGCAGGUCUACGCUUGCGCAGAAAUGGAGACGGCAUCGACUUCUCACCAUCGUUGUAGGCACACGACCGUCGUCAGUGCGUGGCGUCCAAGGUUGUCUGCAGAGGCGGUGCUGUGUUCUUCCACGUGGCGGCGUUUGUGCAAUCGUGUGUUGUUAUUGACGUGAUGUCCUUGGAAGCGGCGUCGGGGAUGGAUAUUGACGGCGAGGUCGGGCGUGACGGUCUGACGAGGUCAGAGAGGACGGCUAUCGCUGCGGCGGUGGCGGUGAAUGUCGUCCUUUUCCGUUGCCAAAUGGCGAGCAGCGAUGCGAAGUUCAAAGCGACCGUUCGUGCACGCCUCAAGCUGUCGGCGGUGCCGACGAGUGGCCAGUGCUUGGACGUCGGUGCCAUUUCCGACGAGGUGCUGCAGGUCUGCUACGCGAUGAGGUGCGGCACGUUUCCACGGGCCACUCCAAGGUGGUGGAUGAAGUGGCGGACAAGAGGUACGUGGGAGGAUCUGCGACAAUGUGAUGACGAGACAGCUGACUACUUCAAGGACAAGAUUCGAAUGUUGCAACGUGUUUUCCGCAAGAUCGUGGAGACUCUUUCCCCACUCAUGCAACGCUGUGUGACAUUCUACAGGGUGCCCUUGCAGCCGGACCACAUCAUCGCCUAUGCUCUAUAUAGGUGGGCGACGGGGGAGACAUACGACAGCAGGACGUGUAGCUUUGACAUUGGCAGGUCUUCCGGCAUCACGGCGGUGCGGGACGUCACUGCGGCAUUGCUGACUGCGUACCCCGAUAAGAUAUCCUGGCCCACAAGUUUGCAGAAGGCGGUCGUCUUGCGCGCUGUGCAUUACAUGAGGAUGUUGAACCUGUCCAGUUUGUGGGCGCGUGCAGAGGAAGGACAACUUUUCACUGGGCCGCCUGUGAUGCUGCCUUUCGGGGUGCGGACUAAUGGCUACUUGCUCGGCGACAACGGUUAUCCCCAGUCCGAAUGGAUAGUCGUCCCUUACGGCGGUCUCGCGCAGCACCAGUCGGAGGCACGCUUCGACAACAAACAGAAGACGGCUAGGGGAGCAGUGGAGAGGGUGUUUGGCAGACUGAAGGGGAUGUGGAGGUUGUUCCUCCGCACCCACAAGUGCAACAUGGAGACCUUGCCGCAGCAAUUUGUCGCCGUCUGCAUCCUCCACAACAUACUCAUCGAAGCAGGCAUCCCGUUUGACGACAAUCUGUUGUGGGAGGUGGGUCCGCACGGCGUGCGUCGUGGAGUCGAUCUUGGGAUGCAUCAGCCACUGAGGUCGGUGUGCAUGGAGUCAUCAACGGGGGAUGCGCUGAUAUUGAGGGACGCGCUGACGGAGAGGAUGAGUGCGCAGUGAGGAUGGCCGUGCGUGCAGGUGGAGACCCCGCUGUGACCGUAA